AUGUGUUUUUUGUCUUAUAUUUACAGAUCUUACAGACGUCGAUCAAGGUCAAGAUCAAGGAGUGUUUCACGAGAAAGAAAAAGAAAAAAGAAAAGUCGUUCUAGAAGUGUUGAAAGAAAACGAUCACGAUCCAGAGAUAGAUCAAGAAGAGAUAGAUCUAAAGAUAGAAGAAGAUCUAGAAGUAGAUCUAGAGAUAGAGACAGAAGAAGAAAAAGAAGAUCUAGAUCACGUUCUCGUUCUAGAGAUAGAAAUAAAGUGAAGAGUUGUUCACCAAGUAAAGAGAAGGUUAUUCACAGAGAGGGUGCAUUAACAGUUAAAGAUGAACCUCUUAACAAAGAAGAAGAACAGAAAAGAUUAGAAAUGGAGAUGCAGAAACGAAGAGAAAGAAUAGAACAAUGGAGAGCAGAAAGAAAGAAAACUAAAGAAUUAGUGCCUAUAAAUAUAGCACCACCAACUAAAACAUGGACGCUAGAAGAUGAAGAUGAUGAUGAUGAAGAUGUAGAAUCAGAAGAGAAAAAAGCUGGUGAUGCUGAUGAAGUGGACCCAUUAGAUGCUUACAUGCAGAACAAUGGUACUAAUGCUAAUGGGACAACUGUAGUAACUACCACUGCUCCCACUACUGGUAAAGUAACAUUUAUUACAGCAGUAGCCAAAAAGAAAGCUGAACCUAUUUUUAAAGGUGAAUUAAUGGAGAGCAAUCAAGAUGCUAUGGAGUAUUCAUCUGAAGAAGAGGAGGAAGGUAUAGAUGUGACUAUGGCUAAUAUUGAUAAAAUGAAGAAAAAGGACUUAGUAGUCGUGGAUCACACAAGAAUUUACUAUGCUCCAUUCCGUAAGAAUUUUUAUGUGGACUGGAAGAGAUUAAUAGGUAUAGCUAAAACGGGUAGUGGUAAAACACUGGCAUUCUUAUUACCCAUGUUCCGUCAUAUACUAGAUCAACCUCCACUAGAUGAAGAAGAUGGUCCCAUCUGUGUUAUAUUGACCCCUACUAGGGAGUUGGCAUUACAAAUAGCAUCAGAAUGUAAGAAGUUUGCUAAACCUCUUGGAUUACAGACAGUAUGUGUUUAUGGUGGUACAGGUAUAUCUGAACAAAUAGCUGAAUUAAAACGAGGUUGUGAGAUUAUAGUCUGUACACCAGGCAGAAUGAUUGACAUGUUAGCAGCUAAUAAUGGAAGAGUAACUAAUUUAAGAAGAUGUACUUAUGUUGUUCUUGAUGAAGCUGAUAGAAUGUUUGAUAUGGGAUUUGAGCCCCAGGUAAUGAAGAUUAUAGAUAAUGUAAGACCUGAUAGACAAACAGUCAUGUUUUCAGCAACAUUUCCCAGACAGAUGGAAGCUCUAGCUCGUAGAAUACUAGAUAAACCAAUAGAGGUACAAGUUGGUGGUAGAAGUGUUGUUUGUCAAGAUGUUCAACAACAUGUUAUAUUAAUUGAUGAAGAUCAGAAGUUUUUUAAGUUAUUAGAAUUAUUAGGUUUAUACCAUACUGAAGGAUCAGCUCUAGUAUUUGUUGAUAAACAAGAACAUGCUGAUGAUCUGAUGAAAGAUCUAAUGAGUCAUUCUUAUCCAUGUUUAUCAUUACAUGGUGGUAUAGAUCAAUAUGAUAGAGAUAGUACUAUUGUUGAUUUUAAAAAUGGCGUUGUCAAAUUACUGAUAGCAACUUCAGUAGCAGCUAGAGGUUUAGAUGUUAAACAACUAGAUUUAGUAGUCAACUAUGACUGUCCUAAUCAUUAUGAAGAUUAUGUACAUCGGUGUGGACGAACUGGUAGAGCAGGAAAUAAAGGACAAGCCUAUACAUUUAUUACACCAGAACAAGAGAGAUAUGCUGGUGAUAUUAUUAAAUCAUUAGAAUUAUCUGGAGCUACUGUACCAGCAGAUGUACAACUAUUAUGGACAAGUUAUAUUGAAAGAGCUAAAGCAGAAGGUAAAAAAGUCAAAAGUUCCAGUGGUUUUAAGGGUAAAGGUUUUAAAUUUGAUGAAACUGAAGCUCAGUUAGCUGAUGAUAGACGUAAAUUACAGAAAGCAGCUUUAGGUUUACAAGAUUCUGAUGAUGAAGAUGCUGGCGUAGAUAUUGACCAGAAAAUAGAAGAUAUGUUUGCUAGUGUUAAAAGAGUAACUGAUGUAGCUAAACCAAUAGCUAACCUGGCUACUCAACAAGCUUCAACUAAUCUAGAAAAAUUAGAAUUAGCUAAACGUUUAGCAGCUAGAAUCAACAUGUCUAAGAAUCUAGGACCCGAUGCACAAGAUAUUACUCAACAGGCAGCCAUGGCUUUCUUAAAGGGUGAUACUAAUGCUCCACAAGUUAAGUCCAAGACGAUAGCAGAGCAGAUGGCAGAAAAGAUUAAUGCUAAACUAGGAUACAGACCACAAGUUGAAGAAGACAAGGAAGCUGAAAAUGCUGAAGAAACAUUUAAAUGUUAUGAAGAAGAACUUGAUAUUAAUGACUUCCCACAAACUGCCAGAUGGAAAGUUACUUCGAGGGAAGCGUUGGCUCAGAUCUGUGAGUAUUCAGAAGCUGGUAUUACAGUUCGUGGCACCUAUAUAUCUGGUAAAAGAGAAUUACAGGAAGGAGAAAGAAAGUUAUAUCUAGCUAUAGAAGGUACCAGUGAACUGUCUAUCAGUAAAGCUAAGAAAGAAGUUACUAGAUUAAUUAAAGAAGAAUUAAUAAGAUUGGUGAGUCUCCUUUCAGUUGGGAUCUUGAGGACCUAUAUUUUCAAAAGAGAGGGGCACCAGUCAUUGCUCAUUUCAAAUGAAAUCAAUCUUUUGCAAUUUGCUACUUAUUACAUUCUGAGGCUAGAACCUUGUUUAGUUUUUUUUUAUCAAAUAAUCUUCAGAUCAGAGUAUCCCUAA